AUGCCUACCGACCUUAUGGAAGAAGUAUUUACUGAGUGGGGAGCGCAAUACGGUGAUAUCGUGCAUAUCAGUGUAUUUGGGCAGCCAAUGCUCGUUCUAAACAGUCUUCAAGCCGCUAGAGACCUGCUUGAUAGAAGAAGUUCGAUAUAUUCAGACAGGCCACGAUUUGUACUCUUAUCUGAAUUAAUGGGGUGGAGUAGUGCGUCAACGCAUGUGAGAUAUGGACCGCGAUUCAGAAAGCAUCGCCGAUUUAUAAAUCAAGUUUUCAAUCACCGAGCCAUUGCCGCUUUUCGGCCUCUCCAGAUGAAGGAAACAGUGAUUCUUCUGGAGUCAAUGUUGCACAAUCCCGACCAUUUUGUCGAUCAUUUUAGGCGAUUUGCUGCAGCCACUAUACUGAAAAUCACGUAUGGACACGACGUCGUUUCAGUUGAUGACCUUUUUGUCCGGUUAGCGGAGCGUGCUGGUAGCCUGACCGUCGAGGCUGGUUCGGCUGCGGCAAAUUUGGUCGAUUUUUUUCCGUCCAUGAGGCAUAUACCUACUUGGGCUCCAUUUUCUACAUUCAAAAUCAAAGCACUUGAAUGCCGUAAAGCGGUUGAAGCCAUGAUGGACGUCCCUUUUGAACAAGUAAAGGCCGACAUGAAAUCAGGAACCGCUGUUCCGUCGUAUACGUCGAUGCUGCUCGACGGCCAUCGUGAUUCUGACGGGUCUAUUGCGCCUGAAGAUGAGGAGGAUAUCAAAGGAUCGGCUGGGACAUUGCUGGCUGCGGCUGAGGAUACAACCAUUGCAUCGAUGCAUACGUUUGUUCUUGCGAUGGUUCUCAACCCGCACGAAUUUAAAAAAGCACAGGAAGAGAUAGAUUUGGUGGUUGGCCGGCAGCGCCUUCCUACUCUCGACGAUAGGCCUUCUCUUCCAUAUUUCGAUUGUGUCUUGAAGGAGGUUCUUCGUUGGAGUCCUAUGGUCCCUUUAGGCAUGCCCCAUCGGCUCAUGGAGGAUGACUUCUACCGAGAGUUCUUCAUCCAAGAGGGUACAAUCGUCAUGGCAAACAUAUAUGCUAUUUUACGAGACUGUGACGAACCUGAUGCAUUCAAGCCACAGCGUUACCUCGAUGAUGAGACUCUACCUGAUCCUUUAGGGGUCAUAUUCGGUUUCGGAAGACGGAUAUGCCCUGGCAGGCAUCUGGCGGAAGCCAAUUAUUGGACCAUGGCCGCGGCUAUGGUUUCAUCAUUCAACAUAUCUAGGGCAGUGGACGAACAUGGAAACGAAGUUGGUAAAGCCAAAUAUGAAUUUACACAUGGAUUCGUACGCCAUCCUAAGCCCUUCAGGUGUUCCAUAAAACCUCGAUCAUCGAACUUGUCCAGCAUCAUCAAUGAGGCAAGCCAGAAUCAACUUCCCUCCAUUUCCCAGACUUCAUCAUCUCCUCUGAUGUCCAUUGCCCAGCCUCCUUCGGCCACACCGGGCAAUUUCAUUGAUGCUGGCGACAACAACUUAAAGCAGGGCUCUCCAGAUCCCCGACCUGAAAAUGCAACCCAACAAACAAUAAAAUUAGACGAUCUGGGUCCCAUUGUAGUCAACAGCGACGGGACACUCUCGAGAAUAGCCAAUUGGGCGAACAUGACGGAUGCCGAACGCGAACGGACGCUUCGCGUCCUUUCUGCUAGAAACAGACAGCGCAUAGCGAAUGAGGAAAAGAAGCAACGGGAGCGGGAGCAUGGACAGGAGGCGGACGAAUCCGGGUCCGCUAGGUCUGCACCGUUGUCGCUUAUGGGAACGGCUUCGACCAACUCGGACAAUUCGAAUUUAAGCUUGCAGCCAGGCGCUGCUCAAUGA